UAAAUGUCCGCUUGUGGCGGGUGGAUGCGAACUCUUGUGAUUUAAAAUUUUACGAUUUUAUUUUUAUUGAAUAUAAAAAAAGCUAAUCGUGUGAAUCAAUUUGUAGCAUCAUAUUGUAUUUUCUGUUCAAUUCCUAUUAGUUUCGUAGUAAUAUAAAUUGGAACAGGUGAUGUCUACAAUACGUGCACCCCGAAUGGAUCGAUAUUGGUGGCUUUGAGUUUAUCACAAAUUUUGUGUGAGGGUGGGGGUGGUUGAAGAUGGAGAAGUCCGCGCGGCCGCGGACAGCACUUAACGAGUGCGUCAAGGUGGUGGUGCGAUGCCGGCCACUGUCGCAAAAAGAAAAAAACGAGGGUUACGAGGAGGUGCAAAGGAAACGACCCGAGCGCACGUGGUACGAGCGGCUCUCGACGCGCGCCAAAGAAGACAAAAAACUUAUCGAUGCUCCCUUGCAGGUGGUGCGGGUGUGGCCGGAGCGCGGCGCCGUGCAAGUAUACAACCCCAAGGGCGAGGACAAGCUGUUCACAUACGAUGCCGCCUACGACUGCAGCGCGGACACGCAGACCAUCUACGACGAGAUGGUGCGGCCGCUGGUGGCGUCCGUGCUGGAUGGGUUCAAUGGGUGCGUGUUCGCGUACGGGCAGACGGGCACAGGCAAGACUCACACGAUGGAGGGCACGCCUCAGGAGGAGGGCAUUAUCCCGCGAGCUUUCCGCCACCUGUGGGCCCACAUAGAGACCUCCGCAUCGCCCGACGUCACGCACCUCGUCUCCUGCUCCUAUGUCGAACUCUACCUCGAGGAUGUGCGCGACCUGCUUGCCAAGGAUUGCAAGAAGCUCACCAUACGCGGACAGGAGCUGAACGGGUUCUACAUUCCGGAGAUGACGUCUGUCGUGUGCCGUUCCGCGGAGGAGAUGGUGCGCGUGAUGCGCGCGGGCAGCCGGCAGCGCGCGGCGGGCCGCACCGACAUGAACGAGCACUCCUCGCGCAGCCACGCCGUCUUCCUCGUCACCGUCGAGACAGCGCACCGCACCACCAAACGCAUACGGGUGGGCAAGCUGAACUUGGUGGACCUGGCGGGCAGCGAGCGACAGCGCAAGACGGGCGCGUCGGCGGAGCGGCUGCGCGAGGCGGCGCGCAUCAACCAGGCCCUCUCCUCGCUCGGCAAUGUCAUCUCCGCGCUCGCAGAGAACAGCCCACAUGUGCCCUAUAGGUAUGUGUCCAUGCCCGCCACACGCACGACACACGCACAACAAACACCCACGACACGCCCCCGACACGAAUCAUUCUAUUCCGUCAGUCACAUACAUCCGGCUAGACAUAGCACAAACACCUCAAUCUUAAAUUCAGUUUGUUCAUUUGACAAUUUGUUUAGUUGUACACAAACAUCCAUCUUCACUUUCAUAUUGCGACUACACGUACGAGUAGUCAGGCUUGAGCCCGGCCGUGGCCGCUCCGGUCCCGAAAGUUUCCACUGCCAAUACACCUACAUACGAGUAUAUAUCAGUAGUUAUCUCACUGUUUUUAGUAGAAUGUGAGGGUUGACAACAUGUUUUUACUCGUGUGUCCGCAGUGAAAUCCCACUUUAAAUUACUUUAUGAUGAUGGUACAACUCCGCAACAUGGCGGUCUGUUACCGAGCCUCCUACACUCUACACACAUACACACACAAACACUUAGGUUUCUGUAUAUUCCAAAUUACAAAAUGUAUUGUUGUACUGUUUGUUAGUUUUAAAUAAUGGCGAUAAACCCACCCUCUCCCACACAAUACACGAUGCAAUAUCAUCGAUCAAAUCUGUCGUUUAUUGACAUAAUGUAGGCCUAGAACUUUUGUAAAAUUUCGACUAAAACAUGUAAUAGUCUUUUGGUAAUGUUAAAUGGUCGCGGGUCAAGCAACCGUCAUGGCGUAAGACUCAACUGCAGAACUGUAGAGAGUACUUGAAUCUUUGUUUAUUAUAUCAAUGUAAUAGUAUAAGUUUGCGCGAGUUACUCGUGAUGUCAAACAAUUUAACGCUGCACGUUUGGUUGUUGCGUAACACUGAUUCUCGAAGAAAGCGGAGGCUGAGGUAUGUUGGUCUGCAGUUUAUGUUCGCUUGCAUCCACACACAUACCUACAUGUAUCCGACAUAUCUAUGUAUCUAAGUACAUGUAUCUUAUCUCACAGAGUUUUUUGUGGACACGCGUUUAUAUAUCGAACAGCGCUUUAAACAAAAUAUAGUAUUUAUAUAACAUCUGAUGGAUCUAGUAGAAAAAUAGUGUAGUCAAUAUAAAGAGCCACCUCGACACAAGUACCCGGCUAGGAGCAUUGCGCAAACAGCUUGUACGUCGCGGGUC